AUUUCUAGAAAAUGGUGGUGAACUAUAGUAGGGAUCCGCGGCCCUUCACGACUUUCAUCUCCUUGAACUGACCCCUUCUUUGUGAUGUAUUGCAUUCGUUCACUUCGAUAGAGAGAGAGAGGCCACGAUUUUUGCAAGUUCAAAUUGCUGGUUCUAGUGCUUGAGAAAUGGCUGGUGAUUCGGAUGAUGAGGUACCGAUUCUAUUGGAUACUUGUUCUCAACUAUCCAAUGAUUCCAUGGAGGUCCCAUUAAAAAGGUUUAACACUAAGCGUACUACUCGGAGUGUGUCAUGUGGGUCAAUGGCCGCUAGGAAUUCCAUGGGACCCUAUGGAAGUGAAAAUAGCACUCUAUCUUAUACUAGUCCUUUGAAUGGCAAAAAACAGGCCCUGUCUAUGCCCAUGAAUGGUGCUUUAUCUAGCCAUACGAAGUCCGGGAACUUUUCUCAGCCUAUGAGUGGGACAUUGGGUGGAAAAACAACGGCUGUCAAGGAAUUUGUUAUAGAAACGGGCCAAACAGACAUUGGGUGGAAGAGCAACAGCUUUGUUGGAAAGAAUGAGCAUUUAUUGAAGUCUGGGCAAUUGGGUAGAUGCAAUGAUCCUUUGUGCACCACAUGCCCGACAAAUUAUGAUUUCAAGGCAGCACAUAAGAAAUAUAACAAGGCUUCAGCUUCUGAAACUAAGUUACAUAAUGCACUUUAUGGGGAUGCCAAAGGCUGGGCGCAAAAAUCAUUUUCCUCUGUAAAAAGAUGUAUUCCUGGCAUCAUGAAUCCUCAUACCAAGGUUGUUCAACAAUGGAACAUUUUUUUUGUCCUUUCUUGCUUGGUGGCGCUUUUCGUGGAUCCAUUGUUUUUCUUCCUAUUGUCCGUGCAAAAGGGAAACAAGUGUAUUCAGUUUAAUUGGUCCUUUGCAAAUGCAAUUGUGAUUGUGAGAAGCUUUACUGAUUUCAUCUACCUACUUCACAUGCUUCUACAGUUUAGGUUGGCUUACUUUGCUCCCGAAUCAAGAGUGGUGGGUGUCAGAGAUUUAGUCGAUCACCCUAAAAAAAUUGCUCUUCAUUACCUGUCCGGCUACUUUCUACUUGAUAUUUUUGUUGUAUUACCACUAAAUCAGAUCAUGACAUGGGCGGUCUUCCCCAAGUACUUGGGAUCAUCAUUGGUGAAUUAUGCAGAGAAUCUUAUACCUGCUGCGGUUGGUCUCCAGUAUAUUCUAAAGAUAAUGAGAUUUCUACCAUUGAUUGCGGGUCAAUCUGCUAGUGGCUUCAUAUUCAAGUCAGCAUUGAUAAACGUUGUCAUUAAUCUUUUGAUAUUCGUAGUGGCCCCACAUGUCGUGGGAUCGUUUUGGUAUCGCCUUGGAGUACAGAGGGUAAGUCAGUGCCUUAGAGAUGUCUGCUCCAAUGGCAAAAUUAAAGAUUGUAAAAUAUUCAUAGACUGCGGCAGGGAUGGGGAAAAUAUCCAAGACUUCAGUCUAUCACAUGCUGAUGCUUGGAUGUUGUGGCGAACCAACGAGAACGUGAAUGAUUGCUUUGUUACUGAUAGCGGUCAUUUCUCUUAUGGAAUUUAUCAACUAGUCGUUCUUAUUUCUACAGAGCAAAGUAUUGUUACAAGAUAUAUGUAUUCUUUAUUUUGGGGUUUCCAGCAAAUCAGCACUCUAGCAGGAAACCAAGUGCCCAGCUUCUUUAUUGGGGAAGUUGUAUUCACUAUGUGCAUUAUUGGACUGGGCCUGUUUCUUUUUGCUUUGGUCAUUGGAAAUAUGCAGACUUUUUUACAAUCACUUGGACGGAGGACACUAGAAAUGCAACUAAGGUGUCGUGAUGUUGAAAAGUGGAUGAGCCAUCGACAGUUGCCAGAAGACUUGAGAAGGCAAGUAAGACUAUCUGAAAUUUUUAACUGGGUCGCCCAUCGUGGUGUAAAUGAAGAAGCGCUAAUGGAGAAUUUACCGGAGGAUCUACAGAAAGACAUACGCCGCCACCUCUUUAAAUUUCUCAAGAAAGUGUGUAUUUUCACAGAAAUGGAGGAUCCCAUCUUAGAUGCUAUCUAUGAAAGAUUGAAGCAAAAACUGUAUAUACAAGGAAGCAAGGUACUGUAUCAAGGAGCUCCAAUUGACAAGAUGGUUUUCAUUGUCCGAGGAAAAAUGGAGAGUGUUAGAGAUGGAAAUCCAACCCCCUUGUUAGAAGGUGACGUUUGUGGGCAGGAGCUACUCACAUGGUGUCUUGAGCAUUCUUCAGUGAAUGGAAAUGGAAAGAAAAUCAGGUUAUCGGGACAGCAGUUACUUUCUAACAGGACUGUGAAGUGUUUAACAAAUGUGGUAGCCUUUGUGCUGCGAGCUGAAGAUCUGAAAGAAGUCGCCACCACUUUUGCACCAUUCUUGCCGAGCCCACGUAUUAGGGGCCAUAAGGUACGAAUUGCCAGAUUGGAGAGAAGACACAGCAAGUUGCAUUCAUGUAGCAUGGAGAUACAAGAAGCAUCUGAGUCAGGGAGCGAGCAGCAAACCUCCACUUGAUAAUCCCAUCAGGCUAUAACCUUCCUAGUAAUUUAUAUAUGUAAUAUCCUAUUUUCCAUGGAAAAACAUGUAUGUAAUUGUAUCAUUGAUCUCAAUGAUUGGCCCCUUUAUAAGGGGUCCACUUAUCUGCUACAUAGUUGUAUCUAAGCAAGUUUUCAUCUCUAUUACAAUUAUUGUACCACAAAAACAUCGAUGUGGAUCGAUGGUUGAAUUAUAUCUAAUGGUUGCCUAUUGUGAUUGAAAUGAAUGGUAUUUUUCUGUUUUU